AUGGAGCUCCUGGAACUUGUCGAAAACGAGCCGACCUCGCGACCUUUUCGCUGUGACUGGGAAUCCUGUACCAAGAGCUUCAACCGCAAGUCGGAUCUCCAGAGACACUACAGGAUCCACACCAAUGAGCGCCCCUAUCACUGCCCGUUUCCCCGGUGCGGCAAGAGCUUCAUCCAGCAGAGCGCCUUGACGGUUCACAACCGCACCCACACCGGCGAGAAGCCCCAUGUCUGCAGCGAAGUCGGCUGUGGCAAGAGCUUUUCCGACUCAUCCAGUCUUGCCCGCCACCGUAGGAUUCACACGGGCAAGAGGCCAUACAAGUGCAACAAGAACGGUUGCCUCAAGAGCUUCUGCCGCAAGACAACCAUGAUCAAGCACCAGAGGCGCGCGCACCAGCCAGGCUCUUCACCUGCCGGCGACGUUGCCGAGCCGUACGACAUGGACUCGGACUACGUGGAGUCGUCACCGCACACGCCCUACCACCAGCCCAACGCGGGACUGGCAUGGUCACUACCGGUAGACCAGCAGGGGCUGUCGGCAGGCUCGGACUCGGCCACGCCCGUCCCGGACCUCUCCCAGAGCGAGAGCGACUACUCCCAGGCGGGCAUCUACCGCCGUCGCUCGACCGUGUCGCAGGUCAGCAGCAUGGUCGGCGGCCUCGACAUGACGACGCCCACCGAUCAGCCGCAGCCGCACUCUUCGACGAUGAGCGUCUACUCCUCGUCGCAGGAGAGUCCCCCGUCUCCCCACUUCGUCGUCAACCCUUGCUCCGCCGCCUCCUUCUACGACCCGGCACCGCCGGCCCCCAUCCCCGCGGCGGCGGCGGCGGCCACCCCCAUGGUUCAUCACCACCACCACUACGCCGCGACCCAGCCCCAUGCCCAGCACGACAUGGCCUUCAACAGCAACCCCCGGCAUCACCAUGCCAUCCACCAACACGCCGCAUCGGCCGUCUACCAGACUGCGCAGGCCGCAACGACGGGAGACAUGCCCCUCUGGACCGACUACCAUGCUCCCAUGGAGAUGACGACCAUCGGACACAUGCCGGCUUUCGGGGCAGCCGCCAUGUUUGGCAUCUACAUGGAGCCCAAGCUCGACUUUGACGACCCGUCUAUGCAGCUUCCCAGUGCUCGACUCGACUGCCUUUGA